AUGAAAAAUAGAAAGAAACAUUACAUUUAUAACUGUGAUAGUUAUUUUAUAUUACAAAAAGUACCUGAAUACUUUCAGUCUUCAGAUUUAAAAAUAUCUAUACUUUUUACAAGGCAUCAAUAUCCACUAAAACUUGGAUUUUGUAUUACUAUCAAUAAAUCACAAGGUCAGACUCUAGAUAAAAUUGGUUUAUACCUUGAUGAGAGUGGUCUUUUUUCACAUAGCCAAUUAUAUGUGGCACUUAGCCGUGUUAGAGCAUUAUCUGGAGUUGUGGUUAAAUGGUCAUACCAACAAUUUCCUAAUAAAAAAGAAAAGAUAAAAAAUGUUAUUAUAAAAAAAAUUAUAGAACUUGCUACAAAAAUGAUUCCUCAAAAACCACUUACGCAAGAUUUUCCAGAUACAUCUGUUGCAUGA